AUGCCGCCAAUGUCAAAAUGGAGUGUGCAUUCGAAGAGCCGUUCAUUUCGACGUUGGUCCAUUAAUAGAAGAGGGGAUGGUGGUGCUGGUACGGGAAAUAAUAAACCGCAGCCAACACCUAAAAAUGGAGGUAAUAAUAAUUCACCUCCAAAAGACCCAACAGAUCCUAAACCAGAUGGAAAUCCCGACAAUUCUGGGUCAUCUUCAUCCACUAAUAGCAGUAAUGGCGACUCACCUAUUCCUACAAAUACUGAUGGCAACAACGGUAAUAAUACUUCAGUCUCAUCAAUCGGCGUGUCAUCUGGGGGAUCACCCAGCGUUAACAGUCCUCCUAAUCCCGUUGACCAGCCUUCAACGGUCGAAGGGGGAGCAAAAAGCGGCGGCAGUAACUCGACAAUUAUCACAUUGAUAUUAAUAGUUACAGUGAUUUCAUUAGGAUUGAUAGGAUUAUUGCUUUACAAAAGAAGACGUCGUCGUCGGGAGCGCGCUGAAGACUACAACGAAAAGAGAAAAUCCGACUGCAGUACAAUAAACUUGUGUUCUUCAGGAUUUAAUCUCGACCCGGCGUCGUUUACACUCGAAAAGGUAUCCGUAGAUAAAGAUACACCUCUUGCUGAAGAUGUUCGUCCAUCAUCUCCGCCUGGCUCUUUCGAGCGAUAUUCCAUUGAUUCUCAAGCCGAUGUAGCACCUCAUUCCAUCCCGGUGAUUACAAUUCAAGACACGCUUGAUUCGGAAACUCCUAAUAGCAAUAGCAACAGCGACGAUUCAUUCCCAAUUUCCCUGCUCGAUGCACCAACGAGCACAGAUGAUCAUGUGCGAGAAGACGCGCGAGAUUACCUACAGGAUGGUGUACAAGAAGAUGACGCUGGCGACAACGACGAUGAUAAUGCUAGCGAAGACAGUAUUGUGAUCUCUGAAGAAAUAGCGUUUCCUGUACCUCCGAGCAGAGAUGUCGAUAAUGGCAAGAGAUUAUCAUAUUCGUCGAUAGAUGACGAACAGUAUAUAUAG